CAAGAGGCGCUGCGAUCGUUUUGACUUUUUUCGAAUGGCGACAGUUGGCAGCAGUGUGGAAAACAAUAACAGAAGGACACCGCAAGAUAUCCGGGAAAAUAUGCUCUCCAGAACUCAGUGGAUGUCUAAUUUUACUCUUAAACAAUGCCUGAAGACGUCAGGUGCUAGUCUAAUGAGAAUUUCCCCUAAAACACCGAGAAAUUCAGCUGUUCUUCAAGAUGGUGGUUUAAGGUUGUGGUAUGCAACGUCAGCACCAAAAGAGCCCCAAAAAACAUCUCCCAGCGUGGAUUUUGAGAAUAUCGAGGUGCUUCAGAAGCACUCAGAUAAGUGGUGGGAUCCCGUGGGACAAUUCAAGCCACUCCAUACUAUGAAUCACGUUCGCGUACCCUUUAUUCGAGAUGGUUUAGUGGCGACUGGAGCUGCGAAGCAGUCCGGGAAGAAUUCACCUCAAAUUCUCAAGGGAUUGCAUCUGCUGGAGGUCGGAUGUGGCGGAGGAAUCCUGACGGAGGCACUGGCCAGACUUCAUGCUGAUGUUACAGCCAUUGAUCCUUCUGAAGAGCUUAUAAAUGUCGCCCAGGAACACGUGAAUAAGGACAAGGAUCUUUCCCAGCGUGUUACGUACCUUACAGACACGAUAGAGACUCAUGUUUGUACGAAUGCUGGAAAAUACGACGCUGUGAUUCUCUCAGAAGUGAUUGAACAUGUGAAUGAUCAGGAGAACUUCCUGAAGCACUGCAUCGAUUGUACCAAGCCUGGCGGAUCGAUUUUCCUCUCAACCAUCAGCAAAACGUUCCUAUCUUACGCUAUUGGUAUAAUUUUGGUAGAGCAUAUCAUCAAACUCAUCCCGAAAGGGACUCACGAGUGGGAGAAAUUCAUCACACCGCAGGAAACACAGAGAAUCUUCGAGAAAAACAAUUGCUCAGUCAUAACAGUUAACGGAAUCAUGUAUUAUCCGUGGAAGAGCGUUUGGGAGUAUGUGGAGUCACAAGAUUUAACCUACAUUCAGCAUGCGGUGAAACAUUGAGUGGAUUUGCUGCUUUGCCUGAUUCUUUUCCAUUUUUAAACACGGUAAUUUGGCAGUCGUGGAACCGAAAUAAAGGUGAUCAGACGGAAAAACUCGAGAAAAUUCUCUAAAAAUG